AACUGUGGGCAAAUAGCUUCAGAGAUGGUUUAAUGUUUCUGAGAGCCAGAAAUUCGAUUCCUUUCGGUGCCCACAGUGUCUUGUUGUAGUCGAGUGGAGUUUGUUUCGAGGCCACGUCAAUCUUUGCAGCCACAGCUCGUCGUUGUCGCUGUCGUCGUCCAGACGGUCAGCACUACUGUCUGGAGGCGCUCCAUCACAGAUUGAUCGUAUCGCAAUUGAGCUUUUCGACACCGAGAAGAUGUAUGUGGACGAUCUGUACGCAGUGAUACAGGGUUACCUAAACUUCCUUGUCGAUCACCGUGACGAACUGGGUGUGACACUGGACGAUGUCUCGUCACUGUUUGGUUGCAUCGAACGUAUCUACGCUUUUAAUCGAAAACUGCUUCAGCAGCUGGAUUUGGCCGAUUUGGAUUGUGUCAAAAUGAGCCGUUGUUUCGUGGAUAACGCCGGUAAAUUCGAAGACUACAUCGUGUACUGCACGAAUUAUCAUCGGAUGAUCGCCACGCUCACGCAGCUGCAGCAGCUGCCGCAGAUGGCGGCGGCCCUGGCGCAGCGUCAGUCGGCGCUCGGCCAUGCCCUUCCGCUCAGCGCCUACCUGCUUAAGCCCGUUCAGCGAGUUCUCAAAUACCACCUAUUCAUUGAGAAUAUGUUGAAACACUUGCCGAGCUCGUUGUCUGCGGACGACUACGGGGUGGUGAAGCGGGCCCACGAGGUGAUGACGUCGCAGGCCGCUCGAAUCAACGACGAGAAGCGAAGAGCCGAACACGCCGAGCGCGUCGAGCAGCUACAGGCCGCCAUCCAGAAGUGGAGCGUGGAUAAGCAGACCGCCAACUUGUUGGCGUACGGCGAGUUGUUGCUGGAGGCGUCGUUUCGUCAGGCUGGUUCGAAAACCACGCGGCUACUGUUUCUGUUCGAAGAGAUGUUGUUGAUCGUAAAGCAGAGAAACUCGAAUUAUAUCUGUAAAGAUUAUAUUAUGUCGUCUAACUUGAUGCUCAAUGAGUCGAUCUAUCCUGAAGAGCCCCUCGCGUUCCAAGUCCUCUCUUUUGAUAAUCCACGUGCCCAGUAUAUUUUCCUCGCAUCAUCAAGCGAUCAGAAGAAAAUGUGGAUGAUCGAAUUGAAAAGAAUGAUGCUGGACCAUUAUGGUAUUGAAAUUCCGGAGAAGACGAAGCAACUGAUGCUGAACAUGGACAACACGCAGCGAGUCGCAUUUGGAAGACCGGAAUUUGCUGAAGUGUCCUUUAAAAAUCACAAACGUGUACCGAAGUACUUGGAAAAACGCCGUAAAAGUGUCGAGAAGGGCCGCGUCGAACAGAAUCGACGUCGAAGUUUGUCGGCGUCUCGAUUACUGGGAGCCAGCAAUGUAAUACUGAAGUAUUUGUACUUUAUACUAUCUAUCAGCAAAUCUUACCGGCUGAUUUUUAGACCGCCUGUCUUACGAACAGUUUCGGCGUCUACGAUAAUCCUUAACGGUGAAGUAGAAGCUACGUCAGCACCGCCGGCUCCUGAGGCAGUAGUGUCUUCCAGAAGUCGCUAUAACAUGGCAAGGAAUAAGCGAUCAUUGAUGCCGAAAUGUGACGUCCAUAUUUUUGGUUUACACCUUGAAAUCGAUGAGACAUUCGAUGAACUGUUCAAGGAGUUGGUUUUAUGCGGCGAUAUCAGUCCUAAGACUCAGAAUGUUACCAAUAGAGAAGACUUGCAAGAAGUGCUCGCAUAUAGGCAGCAAGUAGUGAAUAAGAAUCGGUCAAAAUCGCUUACAAGGCUUGACGACUUCGCUAGUAACGCAAAUAACCCUCAAGAUCCUCCAGCAUCGAACGCCGGGCCAACAUCCAGUGAAAUGUCUCAGUAA